UAGUGUGUAUCGUCCAUCAAUAUCAUCAUGCAAUCGUGCCCAUAACAAAUUUUGAAACCAUUGUUAGCAGCUUGGUAUCGUUCAUCUGAUAAUUGGCAGAACAAGUGCUGCAUCAAAUGUCGACGGAGAGCAGUGAUUCGAACUGGGUAGGAAGGAAGUCCCCUAGACGCACCGGUGGCAUGUCCGACGCUCUCUCCAUUGCCGCCGAUCUUGGUUUCUCCGUCUGGCCUCUCACACCCACCCAAUCCCUUCAGAUUUCGUCCCCUACUACACCCGAAAAGGGCCAAGACCUCAUCCGAGUUUUGAGAGAACUCUCCUCCGCCCAACGCAAAAUCGCUGAUUUGCAAGUCGAGCUUCAAGCCCGAAAGGACGAUAAGAAUGUUGCACAUUUGACUCAUGUAAUCGAAAUGGAGAAGAAGAUUGAGACUUUAGCAAGGAUUACUGCUAUACUCAAAGAUGUUAUACAGAAGAAGGAUCGCAUUAUAGCUCGUCUGCAGCAGCCAUAUUCCCUUCAUUGCAUUCAUGUAGAAGCUGAAUAUCAGAAAGAGUUUUCUGAGCUGCUGAUGAAGGCAGCUAGUGAUUAUGGUGACUUGACAGCAUCAGUGACAGAUUUACAAUGGAGUCGGAAUUUCAAGGACCCUCCUUCAGUCUGGGGAGAAAUGCUUCGACCGAUACCUGUAGCUUUGGCAUGUUGCACUCGGUUCUUUGAAGGCAUGUGUGCCACAAGAGAGUCAUUUGCUGCACUUCAAAAACUGAGAGUUGAUCAUUUUGAUUCCCCUCAAAGACUGCCAGGAAUUUCUUCUGAUUGUCUAACUCCACCUCAGUGGAAAUCCGAAGCUAACUUUGAUGACUUAGCUGCUGACACCAACGAGGAGAACUAGACCUGCGAGCCCAGGGACAAGAGUUUAGCCUCAUCCAACGUAGUUGCUGUGUUCUUUGUGUACUAGAUCAUGCUUGAAUCGUCUGUCUGAGCAGUUCAAUUGUUUAACUUCAUCAUUGUUACUGUAUUUUUUGAAUUGAAUCACAAUAACCUACUAUUUGUCCAUGUGAAGAUGUGAAAUGCUCUGUUUAAUCUGCAAUGCGGCAAGGUUGAAACCGAGGGGGAAAGACUGAAAUGAUUCCUAAGUCCUGACAAAUGCAUGAUCAUCAAUGCAUGAUCACUGUAGUUUGAAGUUGACUAUCAGUUUCAAUCACCAAUAUGAAGCUACAAAUUAAACAAGUAGUAUAU